CGAUUGAAUUUUCUCCCAAUUUUGUUUCUUUUCUCUUCUUCUUCCCUCUUUCCCCCCCACAAGACGAAGACUAUUCCUUUCGCCAUUGUUUCUCUCUCUUCGUUUCUCUCUCUACCCCAAAGGACAAGCUUUGGGACCGAAAGAGGGAACCGUGUGAUUGUCGUCAUUGAUUGCUUCUUUCUCGUUGAACCCAACAAAGGGGAAAGUAAAAAAAAAGCUGUUUCCUCCGGCAUUGGAUCCGCUGAAGCAAUCACAGGAUCACCAGGCGCUCCAAGAAGAACCGGGCUACGGUGGAAGAAGUUCUUCCUUGUCUUCGUUUGCUUCGUGCUGGUAUGAGGAAGAGAGCUUUGUGACAAAGCCGGAACUAGCAGUUUGAUUUAGCCACCUCAAGCUUGUUUUACGGGAAAAUAAACCUUCGAGUCUUUCCGGGGAGUUAUGAGGAGUUGGUGACUAUCACAGGACAAGUUUAAAAGCUGAUGCUGCAAUUGGGGUGUCCUUGGCACCUCUAAUCCCAUGGGGGAGUGGAUAAUUGGAGCUUUCAUAAACCUCUUUGGCAGCAUUGCCAUCAAUUUUGGCACCAAUCUCCUUAAAUUAGGUCACAAUGAGAGAGAGAGGUAUUCUGCUCAAGAUCUUGGUGGAUCGAAUGGAAAGCUCCCACUGAAGCCAAUCAUACACUUCCAGACAUGGAGAGUUGGUAUAGUGUUUUUCUUGCUAGGGAAUUGCCUAAACUUCAUUUCCUUCGGAUAUGCUGCCCAGUCGCUUCUCGCAGCUUUGGGAUCUAUUCAGUUCGUCUCCAACAUUGCAUUCGCUUACUUUGUGCUGAAUAAGAUGGUUUCCGUCAACGUUCUGGUUGCGACAGCCUUUAUUGUUCUUGGAAAUAUCUUUCUUGUUGCAUUUGGGAAUCACCAGUCACCAGUGUAUACACCGGAGCAGUUGGCCGAGAAAUACAGUAACAUCACUUUCCUUCUUUACUGUGUGAUUUUGGUGCUGAUUGUUGCGCUUCAUCACACGAUUUACAGGAGAGGAGAACUUCUUCUAGCUGUUGCUGGCAAUGAGCUUCGGCCUUACUGGCAUAUGUUGCUUCCCUUUUCAUAUGCUGUAGUAUCAGGUGCUGUAGGAUCAUGCUCGGUUUUGUUUGCAAAAUCUCUAUCAAAUAUGUUAAGACUAGCAAUGUCAAGCAGCUAUGAGUUGCAUAGUUGGUUCACAUACUCGAUGCUUCUUUUGUUUCUCAGUACAGCCGGAUUUUGGAUGACAAGGUUGAACGAAGGACUCGCGCUGUUCGAUGCAAUUCUUAUCGUUCCCAUGUUUCAGAUUGCUUGGACUUUCUUCUCGAUUUGUACAGGAUUUAUUUACUUUCAGGAAUAUCAGGUGUUUGAUGCACUGCGGACGACGAUGUUUAUCCUUGGAAUGUUGUCCGUGUUUGUUGGAAUUUCUCUGUUGGCACCAGAUGAGCCCAGAGGCGGUGAAGUCAAAGAUUCUUCUUUGGUGUCUGUUACGUCUUCGAGCAUUUCAGGCGAAUCAGAGAGAUUGGUUACUUCUUUGGGAGAAUCACAAAGCAAGGAAACGAGAUCUUUCAUGCAAGAAUUGUCGAUUAAGGUCACAGAUUUACUAGUCCGAGCAAAGAGUGCUUGCUCAGUGUCACUCGGGUUCAGUGACGACUCGAUUAAUGCAUCUGCUGUUCUUGUGAUGCCCAUGGUGUCCUCGAAGAUCACAGGCUUCAGAGCCAACGGGGUGGAUCGGUCCAAGAUCCUCUCCAUGAAGAACUUUGGCUGGAGCCGAAUCUCGUUGGACGAGGAGGAGGCGAAGAUUCUCGAGAAUAGCCCGAGGAUCUGAUCCACACUCUGAUUAGAAGAAAGGUAGUAGCUGUUGUAAAAACAAAUUGUUCACUAAGAAAAAGGAAAUUGUUUAGGUAACACGCUCUUAAGACCCAUCGCCACGCUCUGUAUACCUAUCUCGACCCUUUGGAUUAUGUAGAUCUGUUCGCUCUAUGUCACGUACUGAGCCUUUUUUCCCUUUUGUUAUCUUGGCCGUCCCGAGAAGGACGAGCCGGUGCAUUAUGAUUGUAUAUUCUGUAGCUCACUUGUUCGAAUGAGUAAGAAAAGGAUUUACUAUA